CGGCGCUUGCGUCACUUCCGGCGCGGUGUUUGUUAGCGGCGGCGGCAACGGCGACAUGGCUCUGAACGGAGCAGAGGCGGGCGAAUCGGACUGGGAGCCGCCUUCCGAGGCCGAGACCAAGGUGCUGCAGGCGCGACGCGAGCGGCAGGAUCGCAUCUCCCGCCUCAUGGGCGACUACCUGCUGUGUGGCUACCGCAUGCUGGGGGACACGUGCCAGGACUGCGGGACCAUUUUACUCCAAGACAAACAGCGAAAAACUUACUGUGUAGCUUGUCAGGAGCUGAAUUCAGACGUGGACAAAGAUAACCCAGCUCUGAAUGCCCAGGCUGCUCUCUCCCAAGCCCGCGAACACCAGCUAGCGUCCUCAGAGCUCCCCACUGCUUCUCGACCGGCCCCACAGCCCCCUGUCCCCCGGCCAGAGCACUGUGAGGGGGCGGCUGCUGGGCUCAGGGCUGCCCAGGGGCCUUCUCCCACCUUGGCUCCCACAGCCUCUCUGGCCCCGGAUGUCCUGGCAGCCUCGCAGUCAGCUUUGCUUCAGAAACUCGCGUGGGCCUCGGGAGAACUGGGCCCCAGCACCUCUUUGGAAGGAAGCAUCCAGCUCUGCACCCUGAUCCGGGUCUGUGCUGAAGCUCUGCAGGGGAUUCGGCAGCUGCAGCAGUGAGGGGUCUUGGGGAGGAAGAAGGGCCCCAGGGCCUUGGCCUCGGCUAGUGUGUGGGUCCGGGAUUUGUUGUGAAUGGCUGCAAGAGAAAGGCGCAGACAAAACCCUU